GCCGAAAGCCAGUCGAGGCGGGUGUUAAGGAGUUGACAAACUCCAGGCAUUGAAUGUUUGGGGUCGCGUCGGGUUCACCCACCGUGCAACGGUGGCAGUCCGACACCUCUGCACACGCGGGCACGGCAUCGGGCCUGGCCCCGCCUGCACCCUCGAUUCAGCCGGCGCUUCUGCUGCAGGUGAGCGAAUGUGCUGGGAGCGGGUAAGGAAACAAACCCCUGCAUGAUGGACCCGACCACCGGGUCCAGGCCCAACCUGCACCGCGUGGCGCCGGUGGGGGCCAACACGUGUGUGCUGGUGGUGUCAGUUUAUGACACCGACCUCACAUACGAUGACAUCGUGGGCGCCAUUGUGGCCGAGUCCACAGUGCCACCGCAGCACUUCAGUCUGGCCACCAUCGAGCGCCCUAUGGCACUGAAGGCGACCACCAAGGCCAACCUUGGCAACACCUACGGAAGCGCCAACAAGGGUGUGCCGCGGACCAAGGGUGUGCCGCGGACCGCAGCGGCCAAGGCUGCCAUUUCGGCGGCCCUCACGGGUGUGCCGCGGACCGCAGCGGCCAAGGCUGCCAUGUCGGCGGGCCACACUGGUGUGCCGCUGUCCGAGCCGCACAAGAAGGCCAUUUCAGCGGGCAACAAGGGCGUGCCGCGGACCGCAGCGGCCAAGGCUGCCAUGUCGGCGGCCCGCAAAGGUGUGCCGCUGUCCGAGGUGCACAAGAAGGCCAUUUCGGCGGGCAAGAAGGGCAAGCCGACCAAACCGAAGUCCAAGGCGCACAAGAAGGCCAUUUCAGCGGCCCACAAGGGCGUGCCGCUGUCCGAGGCGCACAAGAAGGCCAUUUCUGCGGGCAUGAAGGGCAAGAAGGCCUAGUCGACUCCUAGUCGACUCCUAGUCG